UGCGAAACGCGGACAUUCCUUCAAGACAGGGGAGGGAGCACGCGAAUCACGAGGCGCUCCCACUCUUUGCAUUCGCCGACCCACCACGCGACGAGCCAUGGAGACGAAUGGCGGGAAGCCUCCGCCGCCGGCGUGGAGGGACGGCGCGGUGACCUACUUCCACCUCCUCUUCUACAUCGCCAUCUCCAGCGGCCAGAUCUUCUUCAACAAGUGGGUCUUAUCCUCAAAAGAGAUCAGCUUCCCCUAUCCAGUGGCACUAACUCUGCUGCACAUGGUCUUCUCAUCUGUAGUGUGCUUUGCAGUUACGAAGGUUUUUAAGAUCAUAAAGAUUGAGGAGGGAAUGACUACAGAUAUAUAUAUCAGUUCAGUCAUUCCAAUUGGAGCAAUGUUUGCAAUGACACUUUGGCUAGGGAACAGUGCAUACCUCUACAUAUCCGUUGCGUUUGCACAGAUGUUGAAGGCAAUAAUGCCUGUAGCUGUGUUUCUGCUUGGAGCAGCAUUUGGCCUGGAAGAAAUGAGCUAUAAAAUGCUUGCUAUCAUGUCUGUCAUCAGCGUUGGUGUUAUUGUGGCUUCUGUUGGUGAAAUUACAAUUAGUUGGGUUGGAGUGGUUUACCAGAUGGGUGGAGUUCUUGCAGAAGCCCUCAGACUUAUCUUCAUUGAAAUAUUCCUGAAGAAAAAGGGUGUUAAACUGAACUUGAUAUCCAUGAUGUAUUAUGUUAGCCCUUGCAGUGCUGUGUGCCUCUUUAUUCCCUGGUUGUUCUUGGAGAAGCCAAAGAUGGAUGAUAGUAUUUCAUGGAACUUUCCGCCACUUACAUUGUUCUUAAACUGCCUGUGCACCUUCAUACUCAAUCUGUCAGUUUUCCUUGUGAUAUCUCGGACUAGUGCAUUGACAGCUCGUGUUACUGGAGUUGUGAGGGAUUGGAGCGUAGUUCUGCUGUCAGCUGCUAUCUUUGCUGACACACAGCUUACCUUUAUAAACAUAGUUGGUUAUGCCAUAGCCAUAGCUGGUGUUGUUGCAUACAACAAUCACAAGCUCAAAGCAAAACCUCAAGCGAACCAGUUGCAGGGUGACGAGAGCAAAGUCAACCCAGACAGCCCUCAAGACGUCGAGACAUCAAUGAACCCUACAAAAUAAGCUUCGUGACACCAAAAGUAGUGAGAUUUUGAUAGAUUGCUUUUGGGGAAAGGAGUAGCGAGCUCUUACUUUUGUUGAGUUGGCCAUCUCUCCUUGGAUAAUACAUUCUUUUUCUUCCUGCCAAUCGACAGCGAAGGCAUUUUGUACAAUGAUGCUCAAGAAGUCCAUGCAUUGCCAUACCAUGUGUACUAUUGUUGCUCAAAACGGCGGGGUACGUCAUACAGAUCAAUUAGGCUGUGUAGAGAUGCUUGUCUUUUGAACUGUUGUAGCAAUUUCAUCAUGUGGUCCAAAAGCCGUAGCCCUGAAUCUUUGUUUGUACUUGGUUGCUUGGGAGAUCAUGGGAACUAAGAUGUACCGAUGUGUGAAGUAUGUUUGUAAGGACAGAUUUUUUGACAGAUCAAAGAAUCUGAUACAUGUAAUCCCUUGAAUUCAGCAAUUUUCGUGUUGAUAGUUCUAUGAAGGGUGUUCUUUCUGCUA